UUAGGGGUGUCGCCCUGGGCACUUGGAUACCGCCUCCCGGGAUUAAAGAGAGAGCCAGGGAGCGUCGGGGACUUCGGCGCCGGACAGAGGAAGACGAGCUCGGCGGGAGGAGGAGGAGGCGGAGGAAGAGGAGGAAGGGCAAGGGGCGGAGAGCGCCGGGCUCCGGAGAGCCGCAGGUCAUCUUGGACGUCCCACAGCUUUGCCAUUACCUGAUGCUGCUGAUAAAAUCAGGAUGGCUUUAAACUCAGGGUCACCGCCAGGAGAUGGACCUUACUAUGAAAACCACGGAUACCAGCCUGAAAGCCUCUAUCCCGCGCGGCCCGCCACGGUCCCGAGCGCCUACCCGGUGUAUCCGGCCCCGUACUACCCGCCCACGGUGCCCCAGUACACCCCGAGGGUGCCGACGCACACUUCGACACCUGCCGUCCGCGUGCAGCCCAAGUCCCCGUUGGGGACUGCAUGCACUGCAAAGGCCAAGAGAGCCCUGUGCAUCACCGUCGCCCUGGGGGCCGUGCUGGCGGGAGCCGCCGUGGCUGCUGUCCUGCUCUGGAGGUUCAUGGAGAGCAAAUGCUCAGUGUCCGGGAUAGAGUGCAGCUCCUCGGGAACCUGCAUCAGCCCCUCUCAGUGGUGCGACGGGGUCCUGCACUGCCCCAGCGGUGAGGACGAGAACCGAUGCGUUCGCCUCUACGGCCCGGACUUCAUCCUCCAGGUGUACUCGGCCCAGAGGAAGUCCUGGCACCCCGUGUGUCAGGAUGACUGGAAUGACAGCUACGGGAGGGCCGCGUGCCAGGACAUGGGCUACCGGAAUAGCUUUUAUUCUAGCCACGGAGUUAUGGAUGACAGCGGGGCCACCAGCUUUAUGAAGCUGAAUAUAACUGCUAGCAAUAUGGACCUCUAUAAGAAAUUAUUCCACAGCGACGUCUGUUCUUCGAAAAUGGUGGUUUCUUUACGCUGUAUCGAGUGCGGGGUCACGGCGAAGAUGAGGCGCCAGAGCCGGAUCGUGGGCGGGAGCAGCGCCUCCGAAGGGGACUGGCCCUGGCAGGUCAGCCUGCACGUCCAGGGCACCCACGUCUGCGGAGGCUCUGUUAUCACCCCCGAAUGGAUCGUGACAGCCGCCCACUGUGUGGAGGAACCCCUAAACAGCCCCCGGUAUUGGACGGCCUUCGCAGGAAUCCUGAGACAAUCUUUCAUGUUCUACGGACAUGGAUACCGAGUGGGAAAAGUGAUUUCACAUCCCAAUUACGAUUCCAAGACCAAGAACAAUGACAUCGCUCUUAUGAAGUUGCAAACACCUCUGACUUUCAACGACAAAGUGAAACCAGUGUGUCUGCCCAACCCAGGCCUGAUGCUAGAGCCGGAUCAGUCCUGCUGGAUUUCCGGGUGGGGGGCCACCCACGAGAAAGGGAAGACCUCGGACAAGCUGAAUGCGGCCAUGGUACCCCUCAUCGAGCCCCAGCGCUGCAACAGCAAGUACGUCUACAACAACCUGGUCACGCCAGCCAUGGUCUGCGCAGGCUACCUGCAGGGGAGCGUCGACUCCUGCCAGGGUGACAGCGGAGGGCCCCUGGUCACUUUGAAGAGCCGCAUCUGGUGGCUGAUUGGGGACACGAGCUGGGGAUCCGGCUGUGCCAAAGCCAACAGACCAGGAGUGUACGGAAACAUGACAGUGUUUACGGACUGGAUUUACCGACAGAUGAGGGCAAACAGCUAACCCAUGUGGCCUUUGUCCUUGGCACUGCUCUGCGAGAAAGUCAAGGGGCUCAUUCUUCCUUCCCUGAGCAUAAUGUAUUUUUAGAAAUGAUUCGAAGGUCCUUUCAUUGUUAUUAAAUAGUGAAUUUGUCUGUCUUUGGCACUCUCCACAGUUCUGUGCAGGCCGCAGGCCUUUGCUCCCUGACCCCUCGUCUGAAAGGGGUGACCACGCCCAGCUGGGUGCGGGCGCCCAGGGCCAACGCGGAGCAAUGGGUUGGAGGCUGCCCGGUGGGGAUCUUCCUCCCCAGCCGACUGCGGGGCCCACUUCUCGUGCUCCUGGGGCCGGGGACUUCUCCGCUGCUGGAUGGCUGGAGAUAGAAAGGGAGAAAGCUGGGUGGGACCGUCAGGGGCAAGCUGCUGGGGUGGCUGCCUGGGAGGGCUGUCCUGGUCAGUCUGCCCACAAGGGUCUUUGCUGAUCAUUUCUCAGUGCUGUCUUGCACUAGCAGCCCUGGGUGGUGGCUGGAAACAAAGGGACCAGCCCUUCAUGGCAGAAGAUAAGAACCUUUUCUCCUGUUUCCGAGAGCGAGAACGGAGCCCUCGGGACAAGGAAGCCAUUGCAAACACGUCCCCCCUGCGCGCGGCUGGGCUGGCGGCCGCCGCAUGUCAGGUGCAGUGCCCGAGGGAGACCCAGCCUCACUCCCCACCCUCUUCCUUGGAGAUCGUGGGGUGCCGUGCUCACCCUCUUGGGGCCUGCGAAUCACGUGGAAAUUGAGGUCACCGCAGGGGAAAUCAGGGAUGUGUGGUUGAAAGCAUGCUGUGUCCGUGUCCGGUUUCUACUUACUGCUACCUCCGUGCUCACCGCGUCUUGGCCCCUGUCUCCAAGUACUGGCUGCAUCUGGCUCUUUGGAACUAUUGUCCUUGCCAAGUGCAAACAGUGGCCGACCUGAACUGCUCUGCAAAGGUUUCCGUACGCCAGUGUGCUGACGGGCAGCCUGGGCUCUCAGCAAAGAAGACAAAGGGGUGAUUUGGCCUCCCCGAGGCCCCUUCGGCCCUCCAGCCUUGCCCUGGAGGGAAGCGCCGUGGUCGAACUGCCACCUGUGGAGUAUCCGUGCUCUUGCUGUGAGGACCGUUUUCCGGAGCCUCUGCCUCUAUGCGCACCGGUUUCCCAGCGGGAAACGAACGAUUCUUCGGCAGGGGGUGGGGUCCCCUUCCUGGGACUUGUGUGCCUUCUCGGGGGCAGCAUCCCUGGGGGCCUUCCAAACCCCCGGCACGGCGGGUGCCUGCUCCCCAAGCCAGAGUUAAAAAGCAUUGUCCUGGCGAGAACGUGUUCCAUCCUUAGCUUCUUGCGCUGUGACCACUGUUUGUCUUCCUUUGUCUCUUCUUUUGUAUC